GUCAAAACGGUAUAUAAGUACUGGCUAAUACCUUCCCGACAAUAAUACCAUCUCGUUACACUUUCCCAUAUAAGCUUCUUACCAAUCAUAAAACAUUCCAGUCCCUCCAGAGACUGAACUUCAAUCCUACUGCUUCAAGCGUACUACACAUCACCAAAUACACAUACAACCCCCCAUCAUCAAAAUGUCUCACCCAAUCAUCUUCAACGGCAGUCUCGGUCUAGGCCUCAUGCUAGUCGGCCUCGGUCUCAACGCCACCUUCCGCCCAAACAAUCAUCUUCAAAACCUCGAAUUUCCCAUCCCCACCGAACCUCUAGCGAAGAAAUUUAGUCUCGCGCUUAUGAAAAUCUGGGGCAUUCGCAACAUCACUGUCGGCGUGUUGAUCUCACUUAUCUGGACCACAGGAGAGGAGAGAUUGAUGGCCAAGGCUUUGAGUGCAGCGCUGGCUAUGCCUAUUACUGAUGGCUUUGUGAGUCGCAUUAUUAUUGGGGGUGGGGAGACACAGCACUGGGUGUUUCCUCCUUUGCUUGUGGUGAUGAUCGCUGGUUUGUUUGGAUACUUUUAAUGGUGGAUCUGGUACGGUCACUAUGGUGUGAUUGUAAAUUCCAUCCGUCAACGGCAGAUGUAUCAUGAUAAUUCCAACUAAAUAUACUGAUAAAAUAAUAUGAUAAAUAUAAAAGGUUGC